GUAAGUACGCACACAGAGACAUUGCAGUUGGAAGUUGGAGAAAGAAUUUUGUGAACAGAUUUCUCUUCAUUUAUAAAAUUAAUUAUUGAAUACCGGUAUCAGUUCCGAAAUAGCUUCAGUACGCGGACAAUCUAUUGUAAUACUUGGUGCAUUUAUAAGCCCGGAACGAGCACAGGCUACUAGCUUAGCUCGUUGUUGUCAUAUUAGCAUCUUAGCAUGUUAGCUAGCUGCUAGCGUUAGCUCAGUCGGUGGUAUGCUAUGGAUGCGCUAAGUAUAGUGGUGGAUGAAGUGGCUUUGGAGGGACUGGACGGGAUAACUAUUCCCUCCCUGUGGAUACGACUAGAAAAUACUAAGCCCAAGUUUCCCCUCAAGCUCGACGACUGCACCAAGGAGCUCAUCUGGAGGUCAAUUAUCAGCAACACAGACCUGAAAGUCUAUCAGCUUCCGAAGGAGAGAGAAGAUGUGGUGCUGUUUGACAGAUUUAAAGAUAUCGACCCUGAAACAGGCAUUGAAACAACACAGAACUUUUCUGGCACACGCAAAGACAUCUACCCAGUCCACAUUAUUCUAGAGAACAAGAAUGGUAUCCAGGGCUCGUGUGCAUUCUUCAAGGAGAGGACAGAUAUCACUAAGCAUGUCCGCUCCAAGUCCCUCACUCCACUACUCAACUUGCAGGAGGCUUUUGAAAGAUAUGGCCGAAAGCUUGUUGUUGUGGCAUCUCAGACACUGCGAUUCAGAACUUUGAUUGGUAUUGAGAGCGAUCCUGAUUUGAAACUGAACGAUGACUCGUACUGUGUGUUGGAGCGAGUAGGCCGAGCUCGAUGGCAAGGAGAGCUACAAAGAGAUCUCCAUGGGUGCUCUUUCAAGAUCGAUGCCCGAAAGUUGCACUACAUGAGGAAAGCUCUUGUCAAAUAUGGACUCAUCAGCAUGCAGUCUCACUGCACUCGACUGAAGACAGGACAACAGCAGCACUCCAUUCUUCUGCAGCUCAAACGCUUCCAUAUAAACAGGAGGACUAAGUAUGACAUACUGAUGGAGUACGUGUCCAACCUUCUCCAGCAGUCACCUGGUCAGUUUGCCACCUUGGUCACACUCAGAGAACACCUUAGUGUGGAUGAUGGUACUAUGAAACGGGCAUUUCACUACAUGCGAUCUGCCAAGUUGGUUGAGUUUUGCCAGUACCCUCUGGAGGACUUGGACCCCGGCGCCGGGCCCUGUAUUAACAAGAAAGGGAAGAAAGUGAUGGUGCGCUGUUUGAAACUGUUAAAGCCGUACACGAAGAAAGGUGUCACCGAGGAUGAUGACGAUGAGGACGAGGACGAAGAAGAUGACAAUGGAACGAGAGGAAGAGCUCUUCCUCCAGAGGGCCGAAUCAUGGAGAGCGAUGUCCUUACACAGGCCUAUCACAUUGUGUUAUCCGCUGGUACAAAGGGAAUGCCUCAGCGUGGUAUCGGGUUAAGGAUGAACGUCGGCAAGCUGGAAUCGCGUAUGAUCUGCCGAAGGCUGGAGAGGGAUGGUAUGAUAAAGGGAUUCAUGGAGGACGAGGGUCGGCAGAGGACUACGAAAUAUAUCAGCCAUAAUUGUGUUGGCGGGAGUGAUCAGCUCCAACUGUUUGCUCAGGAGCAGGAACGGCAGAAGCUUCUUUUCUCUUCGGCACCACAGACAUCAGAUGCUGAUGUCAAAACACCAUCGUCCUCAACGUCUGUAGCCAAAGAAAACACCAAAGGUACUGCAGCAAAGAAGGUUCAUAAGGCAGGUAGAGGAAGAAACAAAGAUGCAGAGGAAGCUGGGCAGACGUGUGGCGAUGCAGAAGUGGAUGCAGCAGAUGAAGGAGUGGAUGGGGAAGGAGGUGAAGCAGGAGUAAAAAGAACAACGGCAGGGGAGAAAAGCAGGAUGGAAAUUAAUGAAAUUAAAUCUGAGAUCCCCUUGGUACAGCCCACACCAGCUGAAAGUGAAACCCCAGCCUGCAGCAAAUCCGUGACCAGUGGGACGUCUGACUUGGUAUCCACUCCCAGAGCGGAACAAGCUCAAGUUGAGGAGGACGAGUCCAACUCAAAUUCCUCCAGCGCUUUGCCCCAGAGUGAGGGGCUGAAUGCAGCCAGUAAGCCAGUGGACAACAACAUUGUGGUUGUUAAAGAUGUUUGCACACCGCAGGCCCCUCCACGUAAAAAAUCCCACAAGGUUUGGGAGAGAUCCCAUGAGACGUACCGCCUGCUGAGGAGGAAGAACCUGAUCGUUGAGGCAGUCAACAGCUUAAAAAUCAUCGAGGGUCUUUUCCCGCUACAGAAGAUAAUCAAUGACGAUGAGAAGCAGGUCGGGUCCAGCUCCAAGUGUUGCAGGAAGACUAUUUUACGUCUCGUCGACAGUCUGUCCAGAGAAGGCUUACUUAAGAUUUACAGGACCACCGUCAUACAGGAUGGGAUCACUAAGAAUGUUGAGAUGGUUGUUCAUCCAUCCAUUCAGCCCAACGAUGACGUAGUGAGCCGAGUCAUUGAACAGGUCCGCUUCAGAAUCUCCAGCUCUUACACAGCUGUACGUCUGCAGCUCGCUGAAGAGAAAGCCAGAGAACAAGGAGAAUGGUCUGAUGACAUGACGGGCGGAACCAAAAGCAUAGCAGACCAUGAGUUUAAGCCCACAACAGUUCGGGGAUUGGGAAAGACUUUUGGCUUCCAGCCUAAGAUGCAUCGUCUGCGCCUUGUUCAUAACUUCCUCUGGUACCUGAUAUACGGGCACCCGCUCCGACACAACUCCCCUGACUCCCACUCGACCAGUGAGACACCAGCAGACAUACACAGCACUGAUGCUGAUGCAAAACAACCAGACAACCAUGGCGCACAAAUAGCAGAUUCUACUUUGUGUAAUUUGGAUAUACCAUCAUCAUCAGGUGAUGAAGAAGAGGUGGAGCAGAAGGAUAAAGCAACACCUGGUCCCUCUCAGUCUGACAUGAAAGUGUAUGCUGACGAGGAUUCAUGGAAGAAAUUCAUGCCUCCUGUCCGUGUGCACAAGGAGUUUGGCAGUGGCUGGGCGAGGGUCGGCGACCUGCUGCUCUGCCUGCCUCUCUCCAUCUUCAUUCAGGUCAUUCAGAUCAAUUAUAAGGUGGAAGGACUGGAGGAAUAUCUCUACGACCCUGUGAAGCAACACCAGCUCAUCAGAGCGCUGCCCGCCAGAAUGAGACGACAGCUGCUUUAUAAACGGAAAUACAUCUUCUCGUUCCAUGAGAAUCUGCAGAAGUUGGUUUACAUGGGUCUGCUGCAGUUUGGUCCUGUGGAGAAGUUCAAGGAGAAAGACCAGGUGUUUGUGUACCUGAGGCGUAACGCCACCAUUGUUGACACCACCAGUGCUGAGCCUCACUACUGGCUGGUCACAGAGUCGCCCGACAAACCAUUUGAGAAGCGCCAGUACAAAUUUAACACCGCUGAAGAUGUGGAAAGCUACUGGUUUGACCUGAUGUGUGUCUGCCUCAAUACACCACUGGGGGUAAUCCGCAAUAAGAGAAAUGCAGCAGAAGAAGAAAGUGCUCCCUCCUUUGUGCAUGACCGCUACGUGUUUGCAGGACUGGCGUACCUGCUGAAGGGCAGUCGAGAAGUGUGUGACGACGGGUCGAUACCAGGAGACAGUAAAGGAGCAGGAGGUCUGGACUCUGAGUUCUUUGCUCAUCUUAAACGCAACUGGUUGUGGACCAAUCACCUCCUUUCUGUCAAAACGACCCCGAGUGGUUUAGAGGCAAAGGAGAACAAAAUCAGACUGAAGAGCCUGCUGAGUAAAAAUGCACUGAGGAUUGCAUUUAAAGCUGGAGGAAGUACUAAACCUAGGUACCUGACAACCAAACGACCACUGACGGUAGAAACUGUAGAGGUGGGUAUUGAGCCUGCUUCCAGAAACAAGCAGGUGGUCGGAGGAAAGAGACAGAAGAGGAAGAGAAACAAAAAGGAGGUUGUCAAGGCCCCACGCAAAAAGAAAAAAGAGCCCAAGAAGCGCACCCCUGCUCACGACGAGGCAGACCACCGAGCUCUGAAGAGGAUGACCAGGCAGAGAGUCUACUGGUCUAUACAGGAAGACUCACUGAUGAUGCUCUGCAGUGUGGCCGCACACCUGCUCAACAGCAAGUUAAAAAGGCCAUUCGUACCGUACUGUGUGGUGAGAGACCUUCUCCAGGCAGAGUAUGAGAUAUCAAUGGAUAAAACAUCCGUAGCUGUCGGGCGUCGCACAAGAUACAUCCUCAAAAAUCCUCAGACUCUUCUGAACUACAGGAUCUGUCUGGCCGAGGCGUACCAGGACAAACCUCUGAUGAGGCUGUUGGAGGAGAAGAAACCUGCUGAUCCAAACAAUCCAGAGGAUUGUGCUAAAUCGUUCUCUGAGUAUGCUCGGCUGCUCCGACAGAAGUUCAGCACUGUGCUACUUAGUGCUCAUGAUAUGAUCAUGCCUGACACAAAAGAGCAGCUCUUCUCACGGUUUAAGGUCUCUGCAAUAGAGAGUGCAAAGCAGGUGUCAUGGAAAGACACUCUCAACUGCACUGAUGACAUUCAUGCCAUAGUGUUACAUAACUUGAUCCAGAGCACUCUGGCCAUGACCAACAAUCAGAUGAAGUCGUCCAGAUCCUUUCAGACCUUCCACAUGUACAGUAAGUAUAACCAGGAGCUGCUGUGCCAAGUGUUCAUACAGUGCAGGAAGAGGGGUCUGGUCAACCGCCGUCGUGUCAACCAGCCGUUUGGGCCGAAGAAGAACCGGGCGCUGCCCAUCCUGCCCAUGUCCUACCAGCUGUCCCAGUCCUACUACAGGUGUUUUUCGUGGCGUUUUCCUCACUCUCUGUGCACUGAUUCCUUCCGCUUCUUGAGGAGUCUAAUUAACAAUGGGACGGGAGACGACAGACCAAUUACUACGUUCUACCAUGAAACCGAGAGCAGAUCAGAAAACGGGGAGGAAGUGACGGUGAAAAGAAUGGGGUCUGAGAGGAAGAAAAGGCAAGGUGAAAAUAAAGAAGAUGAAGAAAGAGCAGUGAGUGAACCAGAGGCACAACCAGAAAAGGCAAACAGCGACUCGGCAAAGGUGGGAGAGAGCGACCAGAGUAAAACAGAAGGAGAAGAGUUGUUGAUGGAGAUAAGCAACGAGAAAACUGACGCAACAAACAAAGAAGAUAAAGAGAAAAACCCAGAAGAUUGUGUCACAGCUGGUUCCAGUGAAGAUCCGUCCAGCAGAGAGACAGACGAUCAUCUGCCCAAAGAAGAGACACCAGAUGUGGCCAAUGCCUCAGAUGUGGCACCACAAGCUUCAGAGGAGCCUCCAGAUGCGUCAGACAUGCUGCAGUUCUCUAUGAACUCUCCUGGUGGAGCCUGUGUGGUCUCUCUCAGCCUGAUGUCUCUGGGAUUGCUGAACGUGUACAUCUCCAUACCUAAACAGAUGGUGGUGGUGGACAGCACCCUGGUGGACAAUGACGUAGUCAAGAGUAUGGCUGCUCUGGAAGAAGAGGACGAUGAUGAUGAUGAUGGUGAGGAUUGUGAGGGGAGAAAAAGACUGGAGGUGAAGGCACAUCAAGCAUCUCACACCAACUACCUGAUGAUGCGUGGAUACUGCUCUCCUGGCAUAGUCAAAAUACGUAACCUCAAUACCAACGAUAACAUCGUGGUGGAGUCGUGUAUUGUGAGGCUGCAACUGCGCAACACACCUGCUCACCACGUGUUCAGUAUAGAGAACUCUCCACCGCUGGACUUGACUAAAUGUGGUCCAUCCCUGCUGCCCUCUACCCUCACCCAGUCCAUCCGCUCCUUCUCCUCACCAAACAGCGAGCAGGAGUGUGACAGGCGUUUGGUUGAGCAGAGAGGAUACACUCCUCAGGAUAUUAAAGCAUGUGCUCAGCUCAGGAGGAGCUUACAUGCAGCUGGUGAGAAUGGCGUGGAUAUACGUGACUUCUACCAGAGUCAUUCACACCUGGAGGAGCCGCAGUCCGGACGCACCAGGAGCCUGCAGCAGUACAUGAAGGAGUUACAAGAAGAAGGCCAGGUGGUACAAGUUGGAAGUUUGGGCAUCCGUUGGGUGCUCAUGCAGCACGCUGAUCCAUGGCUGCUGACUGUAAACGCAAAGCAAUGGUCCCAGUCUCGCUUAACAUCCAACAAACUUCCCUUUUUGGAGAAGCAGCACAACAUCCCUUUCAUGCGCAUGAGAAAUAGGCGAGAGGUCCGACAUGACCCGGAGGAACCACCUGCAAAAAAAAGGGCUGUUGACAGAGGGGAGGGCAAGAACAGACGGGGUGUAGAGGGUUUGUCAGGUGAUGUAGCAAGAGAGAAACUGAAUGAGGAAGAACAGCUGAAGAAGCAGAAAGAGAGGGUGGAUGAGGGAGGAAAGCAGAUGCAGCCGGAAGAGGGACGAGAGGAAGAGGCAGGACGGGAGAAGGUAGAAACUGAGGAAAGACAAGAAGAAAAGAUAGAUCAUGAAGCCACAGUGGACGGUAGAGAUGAUGAAAGAGAUAAAGAAGCUUGCUCUUCACCAACAAGUCCUGCUGUAGGCGAUAAUGAUGAAAAUGUGAGUUUCAUCAGCCGGCCGUGGCGCAUGGUCGACGGUAAUCUUAACAGACAGGUGUGUAAAGGCAUGCUGGAGGCCAUUCUGUACCACAUCAUGUUCCGACCUGGACUCACACAGCAGUCGCUGGUGGAACAUUACAAGGAUGUGCUGCAGCCGAUGGCGGUGCUGGACCUGCUGCAGGCGCUCAUCGACAUUGGCUGUGUGACAAAGAAGACUCUGGCUAAAACUCCUAAACCCUCGCUGUUUGCACGCUCCAUGCACCAGACAAGCAGUGAGACAAAAGUGAAGAUUGAGGACCCGGGCAUGGUGUUUUAUGAGCCCACCAUCAGUUGCUGCCUGCGGCUCUGUCAGAUGUUACCAAAUGAACGUCACUGGAACUGUUGCCUCCCAUGAAAGUAAUCACGGACGUAACUUUGCCUGGCCUGGUAUCACAUCAGGGAGUCAGAAUUGACCAUAUUUGGCAAGAGGCUGGAGCUGUGGUGGAGUGAGGGAUGGAGCUGACUGAGAAGUCAAGGGCACUAUCAGAAGACAGCCUGUCACUCAAAGCAGCCUUCCCUUAAUUAUGCCUAAAUUUAGUUGUAAUAAAAUGUAAGUGGGUGAGUUAUAUAUAAAAAUUUACCCCCGUACAGUUUUCAUGAACAGGGAAAUUAAAUACAGAAACCAAAGCCACGGUGUAAACGUAUAUUUCUAUGUAAGGUUGGGCCUUUUAACGUGUGUCUACAGAGAUUCAUUAGUUUACAAGUACAAAAACAAAAGGGAAGGCUAACAUUGUGUAGCUUCAGUACAUAUUUAUACAAAUCUCCCAUACAUAUAACAUGUCAGCUGAGGAUGUGUGUUUGCUCAUGUCUGCAGUGCCUAUUUUUGUAGCCAGGUUGCCUAAUUAAGCAGUUCAGAUGGUUUUGUAAUCACGAACACGCAGCAAUAUCCUCCAAUU